GGGAGGGAGACGUGGAACAGCCAGACUGCCUUUGAGCGCCAUGCCAUCUAGACACUGAUCCACCGGGACACACUCAACACCACCAUGUAACACAUCAACACACUCAGCCGCCACGUGUUGGUCUAUAACACGCCGACGUCGCCAUGGAGGGUGGACUCAUUAUUACUUUCAUAUCGGUGGCGAUGUUUGUCGGUUGUUUCCUACUUGGAUUCAUCCCGCUGCUGUUCAGACUGUCCGAGAAAAGCCUGCAGCUGAUCACGGUCCUCGGGGCUGGACUCCUGUGUGGCACCGCACUGGCCAUCACCAUCCCAGAGGGAGUGGGUUUACUGGAGGAGUCAUGGAUUGCAUCCUCCUCCUCCUCUGAUGGGUCGUCCUCUCUGAAUGGCAGCGACAAAAACACAACCUCGACAGAGAGAGGCCGUCCGCCUCGCUUCUUCAUCGGAGUGGCCUUAACGCUGGGUUUCACCUUCAUGUUUGCAGUGGAUCAGAUUGCAAGUUACAUCUCCACGCGUGACCAAGCAACUCAGCCGCACAAAAGCGUCGGCAUCACAGCCACGCUGGGGCUGGUGAUUCACGCUGCAGCCGAUGGAUUUGCUCUCGGAGCUGCUGUGUCCACGGGUCAAGUGACAGUGCAAGUCAUAGUAUUUUUUGCAGUGAUUCUACACAAGGCGCCCACAGCUUUUGGUUUGGUCUCGUUUCUGAUGCACUCAGGACUCGAGAGGAAGUACAUCCAGGGACACUUGCUGGCCUUUUCAGCUGCGUCACCUAUAGUUGCCAUCACCUCUUACUUCAUAUUACAUGCAACUGGCAGCUCGCCUCAGAACCAGCUCAGCUCCACAGGCGUGGGAAUGCUCUUCUCAGCUGGGACUUUCCUUUACGUGGCCACGGUUCACAUUCUUCCGGAGAUCAGCAGCGGCAGAGCAGACCGGGGCCAGCCCUCCUCUGACCACCAGCAGCCCACCGCCGGAACUGAGACCCACCAGCGGCGCCACGUGGGGCUCCUGGAGAGCCUCACUCUCAUCUUUGGGGUCGUGCUCCCCAUGGUGCUGGCACUCGGGCUGCAUGAUGACUGAGAAGAAGAAAAGAAAGGGCACAGUGCCACCGCACCUGAGGGGAAAGACUGUGAGCACCUUUCUAGCCUAGUCUGUAAACUUUAGAGGAAAUACAAUAUGACUGGGACGGGGGUUUACCUUGGUGUGUUCUCUGUGAAACUACCCUUUGUGUCCAGCUUUUAUUUGUUUAUCAAAAGAUCUUUUAAGUCAGUAUAAAGAACCUGAUGGCAAAUAUUUCGUCCUCUGUUGACUGAGUUUCCAUUACAAGAAAACAUAAUGGGAAACAGAAUAGGCUACAUUCGUUGCCAAAGCUGAGGACAGGGCCUGUUCAGCGGUGAAAUCCCGAAGUAAGUCGAUAGAUUUACAGGAACGACCGGAUCACAUGAUACUGUCUGUUACACCAAAGAUAAGAGAUCUGGGCCAGGCUAUUUUUUUUUAGUUUCUUCCUUGUUUUGUUGUUUAGUCUGGAGCUCAGUUUUUCUCUUUCAUUAAUGUGCAAUAAUAGUCUACACGUGAGAAAGGAUGUGAAACUUUCGUGUGAUUAAAUAGAAGUUAUAGUUUUUAACGUGAGAUUUUGAACUGCCUUUUGGACGUGUGUCGGAACAUGUGUAACAAUAUUUAUGAAGUCUGUAGGUCUGCUAGAUGAUAUGUGAGUCAGAUCAUGUCACUUUUGGUUUUUAACAAUUUGGAUGAUUCCUCUUAAUUCUUCAGU